CUUGAAUGCAGCCUGAAGAAAAUGACAACCCUCAAAGUUCCAAGAAAGUAUCCACACUGGACUCCUCGGGGAAACAACGGGCAAUUUAGCCAAUGAGCCACCGUGAUGGUUCCUGUGUGGACUAGUUCCAGAUGACCAUAACAACCCAAUGUCCUAAAGUAGCAUUCACUCUUGAAUGCAGCCUGAAGAAAAUGACAACCCUCAAAGUUCCAGGAAAGUAUCCACACUGGGAUUUGAACCCUGGAUACCUCGGGGAAACAACCAGCGCUUUACCAACUGUGCCACAAGGUUGGCUUUUGUGAAGAGCAGUUACAGAUGACCAUAAUAACCCUAUGUCCUCUUGGGCCUCUUCAUUGACUGGCAGUACCGGCAGUCCAUCUUCCGCCUAACAGAGUCAAUACAAACCCAAGAUACCUUUCAAAAGGUAGCUUCCUCAAUAGCCAAAUAGUUAAGGAGCGUGCCUACGAUACCGAAGGUUGUGAGAUUGUUUCCCACCUGUGCCAGGACUGGAUGGACCGCUGCCUAUCAAGAGGUGGAAACAAAUCACAAUGCCUGCCUGUGCCAAAAGCUCAGAUGGUGGACAGUUGGAGUGAUGGAAGGGCAAGCUGUCUGCUCCUAGGUUGAUUGCUAAGAGGGGGCUGGCGCUAACCUGCCUGUGAUGGAAAGCAGCAUCCUUGCUAAAAAAGGAUGUGGGCAGUACCCAUUGUUUAAAAGGGUACUGCCCCUUUUUCUUACAGGGGUUACCUGUAAGAUGCCCCCCUGUCCUUCUUGGGGCAUGCCUUGCAUCAGCUCGCGGUGGACCUUGGUCAGGUGUUUCACAAAGACAGGCUUCUGAAGAUAGCUUGAAAAAAAAUUUGAGAAGCUGAUUAGCAAAGGCAGCUUUCGGCGCUUUACUGAAUCGUAAAUAUCAGUAACUCAUUAAUGCAGCUCGAGAGAAAAAAACACAGUCAAUAUUAACCCCGGGUACGUCACGAAUGGGGGCUCCUGAAUGGUCAAGUUGUUGCCGGGAUCCUGCACAAUGAAAUUUAAUAGUUCUUCUGAACUUACAGCAAUUACUUGGUCAGCUUUUGCCAAUAUACAUCCAUUUGUGCCUCUAGAUCAGGCCCAAGACUUCCAGCAGCUAUUCCAAGAGUUGGAGAAGGAUCUAUGUGAAAUAACAGGAUAUGAUUAUAUAUCCUUCCAGCCAAACAGUGGAGCUCAGGGUGAAAAUGCUGGCCUGGCUGCAAUCAAGGCUUACUUGAAUGCGAAAGGAGAGCACCACCGGACAGUUUGCUUGUGGCUGGAGAAAAAAACAUCUGAUCUCUUGGUGCUGCAGGGUCGUGGUCCACUGCCUCCGCGCUCAAGUCUGACAUCACAUCCCCACAACAGUCACUUGAUUCUGCGUUCAACUUCACUUCUCUGCAUCGAUCGCUUAGUUAAUGGUGUCUUCACUACCAGAGCUUAG